UGUGGUAAAUGAAGGAGAUUGGCGGAAGUGGAGACAAGAGCGGAGGAAGAGCGCACGCACCACUAGUAGUACGUGUGCAUCUAGCUGUUAGCGUCCGGCUGUUGAGCUAAUCCUACGUUUCUCUCAAGUCACAAAAAUGGUGCUGCUUGAAAACGAUUCGUUCCUCACAGAGCUCACACGUUUAUUCCAAAAGUGCAGAUCAUCCGGUAGUGUUGUCAUCACUUUGAAAAAGUAUGAUGGGAGGACCAAGCCCAUGCCCAGGAAAGGCAACUCAGAGUCUUUUGAGCCUGCAGAUAAUAAAUGUCUUCUCAGAGCUUCGGAUGGCAAAAAGAAAAUCAGCACAGUGGUCAGCACCAAAGAAGUAAUCAAGUUUCAGAUGGCGUACUCCAACCUCCUGCGAGCGCAUAUCGACGGCCUGAAAAAGAAAGACAAGAAGAGCAAAAGCAAGAAGAGCAAAGCCACCCAGUGAGCAACAGACUCAAGGGCUCAUGAACUGAUCCCGUUCCUUUCUGAGAAGAUGGGAGCGGCUCCCACCCGGGUCAGUCUCGGUUCAUCCACCCGGUGAUCACUUUGAUAUUUUGCCAUGAUCACGUGUCGUCAAUGACUUUUCCGUGCCAUCUGGGAGGAUUUCUUGUACUGCACAAAUGGAACUCUGGAGAAAAUCCACACAGUUGGAUGCAUUUUCUUUGGUUAAAUGUCUACGCUUUCUAUUUAUGUUCAAAUAACAAUUGUGAAAGCGGUCACUUUUUAUGUUUGAGCUUUUUUUUUUUUUUUUUUUAAAGGGGAGGUGUGUAUAUCUUUCGAAGAGAUGGAAUGAAAUGUUUCACUAAAAUCACAUUUCAUGUGUUUCAAAAGUUUUUUUUUCUCAUGUAAUCAUGUCAUGUACAGUGGAAAUAUGAAGCUGCCACUCGUUCCUUCUUUCUUUUUCAAACUCCAUUUUCUGUCAAAAGCUUCAGUUCAUAGAAAAUGGGAAGCAGAUUUCAGGAUGGACUUCAACCGACCAGAAUCACGAACUACGUCAGGCGCGUUUGACUUCUGAAUGGGAAAUCCCGAGCGUCCGGGGCAGUGUGCUAUAUCGGACCUGCAGCGAAAUUUAAGUUGACUAAUAAAGUGCUGUUAAAAAAGUCA